UUUUUUCUGUGCUUUGUUUCAGAAAAUACCCAUCCAUACGUUGCGGGAAAAAAACCCACAAUGGUGGAGCCAGAAUAUGUGAUAAAUCGCCUUCCUGAAUUGAGGUGUCACAUGAAUACCAUUCCAGAGAAGUUAGUCAAAACAUGGACAAUGAAACUGUUGACAGAAGUGUUGCCAAUCUAGAAGAGAACGUGGCUGAGCAUCAAGAUGUGCUUGACCCACACAUAGCUGCGUACCACUACUUGGAAGCUGCAGAAGAGUACCCAAAGGUCCUAGUAAAAAGCAAGGAUUAUAGCAAAUUACUAUCAAAGGAGUCAGCCGAAUACUACGAGAAAAACGUGAAGUUCCAGGACACACAUCACAUAUGUGCAACCUACAAAGGGCCAGUCUAUGAACCUAAGGUGGCACCGAGAACGACGAGUGCGUAUAACGUGUUCUAUGGCACACACAACACUCAGAACGAGAAAGGCCCCUGCUGACUUGGUAAAUAACCUACUGAGAACGACAAGCUUUUUAUCGGAAGCCACAACAUAUGGCAUAAAGAUGGAAGCACUUGCCCGGAAGAAGUUUGAAGAUAAAGUUUCUGUACAGGUUAUAGAUACUGCAUUGGUGCUGCACUCUCUCCAGCCGUGGCUUGCUGGCAGCCCAGAUGGCCUCUUCCUAUCCGACCAGAAGCCCUGUAUUCUUGAGAUAAAGUGCCCAUUCUCAAGAAAAGACGACAUCAUCAUAGAUGACCGAUUGGAACACUCAUUUGUGCCAUACGUAAAAUAUGUAAAUGGUAGACUGGCCUUCCUGAAGAGUCAUAAGUAUUACAAGUGCAGCUGCUAAUGUAUGUGUGCAACGUUCAGAGCUGCUAUUUGUUUGUUUAUUCAAGUAAGCAAAGCAUAAUAAUUGACAUUGAAAGACACAACAGUUUUCUGUGUGCAUCAUUGCGAGCACUAGAGGAAUUUGACUUUGCUUGGCUACUGCCAGCAUCUGCUAGAUGGCGGCGAGUGUAGUUUUUUGUAAUUGUAUAAAUUUUUAACGUGUUAAAUUUAAGGCAUUGUGUGAACUUGUAAAAAGAAUAAUAAAAACAUGUGAACUGUA